AUGACAGGACCAAGGACGAGGUUUUAUACCAUCUUGACCGUGGUGGCUGGCGUCCUCGUGCUCGCCGCCGUGAUACAUGCCAUGGACUAUAACACUGCAUUUGAGAUUUCUCGCAUGAUGAGAUCUGGCAAGCCGGGUCAAGGCAACGCCGACAACGCCAACAACGGCGGCUACCCCGACCACCCCGACCACCCCGACCACGCCGCCCAGACUGUGAACUAUCAACCGAACCAACAAAAGACCUGGUAUCAAAUCGCCGCGGCGGCCGGUACAGACAAAGUCACGACGCACGAGUACCAGUAUAUGUACGAGAAAUAUCUACCCCCGAUGCGCAACAGGCAUGUGAAGAUGCUCGAGAUUGGAUUGGGCUGUAACAUGAAUUAUGGCCCCGGAAAGUCUUAUAACACCUGGCUCGAGUAUUUCCCCGACGUCGACCUCUACUUCAUCGAGUAUGACGCGAAAUGCGCGGAGAAAUGGGCCCACAAGACACAAAACGCUCACGUCUUUACCGGAGACCAGGCCGACGCCGCCUUCCUAGAGGACUUUAUCAGCAAGGCCGGCAUGGACUUUGACCUCAUCAUUGAUGACGGCGGACACACAAUGGACCAGCAGAUUACCUCUCUCAAACACCUUUGGAAGGCCGUUAAGCCCGGUGGCUACUACAUUCUCGAAGACCUGCAAACAAGCUACCUUGAAGCAUACCACGGCGAUCCGUCCGCCCACGACCCAACGAUUGAAACAGCCACCAAGUUCAUCUACGAGCUAAUUGAUGACCGGAUGACUGGCAAGAACAAGCACGAGAUUAGUAGUGACAUGAGGAGUAUUGAUUGUAUGCGGGAGGUGUGUGGAUUCACCAAGAAAGUGGCCUAG